AUGAAUAUGGUACUGUUGAAUACAGUAGUUGUUGUGUUGGGGCUGGUCAUGAAACUAACUCCAUCCCAAGCAAUCAACGAGAAAGAAACGGUCGUGCUGAAGAAUGACACCCCAGGCGAAUAUGUGACUGUCCAUGCUUACUCCUCGGAGGACGACCUGGCCGUGCACGAACUCCCCUAUGGUGCAAAUUUCACUUUUCACUUCCGCAUAAAUAUUUUGUCAACCACCCAAUUCAUGUGCGAUUUCACCACCUCGCACGGCUCUGGGAACUAUGCUGUUUUCAAUACCAGGCUGGGAUAUAAAUGCCAUGGCUACUGCUUGUGGUCCAUCGGGGCCAGUGGACCCUGCUUGCUGCAGGUCGACAACCAAUGGUACUGCCAAACCUGGAAAAACCCUCCAUCUCAUAAGAUGAGAGAAAAGCUCAACAAGUUGUAA